AUGCCGGCCGUACCCAAAACAUGUGCGAGCACGGUCAUAGCGCAGUGCAUUGUGGACGAACCUUUGGAGCGACCGCUGCUACUCCCCUCGACGACGUUGCACGCGGGCCAGUCUGCGUGGGAUUACGGCCACAAGCACCCAGCGCGACCUGGCUCCCGCCUGCUGCUCGCUGUCGCGCCCCAACCGCCGGACUUCCUCUCUGCCACCCUGCGGCUCUCCGUCCUUCACGGCUCCAUCCUCUUGAUUCCCAACGCACGGGAAAAGACGUUCCCCUCGACGUCCCUCCCGACCGUGCAUCUUCCCGCCGAGCACACCGUCAUCGUCACGCGCUGCUCCCAAUAG